UUUGUCUUAACGGUGAUGGAUUGUCUGUGAGUGAAGAAAGCAGAAAGGUCCCCUGUGCCUUAGUCCAAGACGACAACACAGUGAAGGAGGUCCGUCCUGAGGCAAAAGACGGGCUGUCAGUUAAACAUCCGUCUGUGUCAUAUAUAAACCUGUUUGGGCAAACGCUUGUCCACAAAGUAGCUACAAUUAAGGAUGCAGCAAGUCUGUCGCCUCCCUCCGUAGACACCAUGACAUGCUUACAUCCAGGCCCAGAAGAGCUGAACCUUAACAUGACCCUGGACUUCAACUCCAACAUAUGUUUUACCUUUGACCCCAAGGAAGACAUGCCACCAGCCCCAAACUCCUCUUAUAAUACUAUGUUGCUCAUAUUGAACAGUGAAGCAGGGUCUGUGAAUGUGAACGAGAAGUCAGUACAAGAUGGCAGUAUUGCAGGCGUCAAAGCGGAGCUCAACGAAAGCUCCAUGGAAGAGGACACAGACACAGUACAAGAUACCAGUAUUAUUACAGACUCUCCGUUGGACCUCACCCAAAGGUGCAAGGACUUGGAGGAUGACAUGGACACUAUCCCCACAGCCCCCCAGUCUCCCUCUCCAUCUAUCCCCAUGUGGAGGUCCACCAAGGCCCCCAGGAAGCAGCUCCGUCCCAGCCGGAGUGUGGAUGUUGGAGACCCAGACUUCCAGGGAGUGACGUUCCGGAUGCAGACGGAACUGGACGACAGCAGGGAGCAGUGUCGCCUUCUCAUCACCUCCAAGAAGUACAGUGAAGAGCUCUCUAGUGGUCCGACCAGGAGGUCACUGAGAGCAGGCAGGUCCCGUUCAUCCCAGAGUUCCAUGAGGACCAGCAGCUCUGAAGAGAGCGACCCCUCCUCCAAGAAUAAGAUCUGUGCCUCUUGCUGCACCAUGAAGACUCCUCUGUGGCGAGAUGCUGAGGAUGGUACCCCGCUGUGUAACGCCUGUGGAAUAAGGUAUAAGAAGUACAAGGUACGCUGUCUGCAGUGUUGGCACAUCCCUAGGAAGGAGGGCAACUCCAACUCGCGCUGCUUCAAAUGUGGAAACUUAUCACGGCUGGCUACGUCCCACCGCAAGCACUCUGCCUUGUAGGGGAAGGGAACACACUUAGGCCUUGGCAUGAGGUCCUAGACACUGAUACCACAGACAGUCUCCCUCCAGGUACAUGGUAAUUGGCCACCCCUCCUGACUUUGAGACUCUUGGAGUUAUUUGAUAAUUUAUUACAUCACAUACUGUCAUAGUGUGUCACGGUGUUGGCUGAGCCAUGGUGAGUCACAGUCUGACGGGUCUGGCUGCUUUUAGCACUGUAGCGUGCGCUUGUCACUUUAGGAAGAAAGAGUUCAAAUGAAGAACAGUCUCCUGCUUGGAGGCUGUGUCUGACAAUAGACUGUCUGUCUGAAAUGACCCUGACAAAAGUAGUGCACUAUACAGGGAAUUGGGAGUCUCUGGCCAAAGGUAGUGCACUUUUGGGACUAAGGACCCAUGGCUCUGGCCAAAGACUGUGCCCUGCUUUACUGGGAAUAGGUAGCCAUUUUGGACUGUUUUACUCCCCUUGUUUACUAGGCUUGACAUUGGUGCUAUCCAGUUUGUAUGUUACAUUAAGUUCAAUUAAUUUGAGUGAUAUAUUAUCUGUUCUGGUUUAGUUUAUUAUUAUUGUUGUUUCUAUUUGGUUGUUUCUGGACUGCCCUUAGCAUUAACUGGCUGGAUUAGAGAUGAAGCAAUUCCUUAUCUUGACUGUUUCCUGUAAACAAAUAAAAAUAAACGUUUGUGUUAGUGUGUACUACA